AUACUCGUCUCCAGUCACUCGACACGUUGAAGCGUCGCGUUUAUAUACUAAAGUUUGAUGCUCCACCCCCUGAGGGCAGUGAAUUAGAUGUUGGCGCUUGAAGCGUUCUAUUAAACAGAAUGUGAACAUAUUUCAUCAGGGUGUGUUACUAUGUCUUUUAGUAUGGGAGGAGGGAUAUUCAAAGAAAAUCAGCAGUAAUAAAAAGGAAUGAUGGUUAGGAAGCGGUGCAGUCGGUGGUUCCCCGUGGAUUAUAAGCGGCAUCUUUCUCUAUUGAAUCAUAUUCUCCUUUUAGAGAAGCAUUACCCGUACCACCAAUCAGUAACUGCGCCACCCUUCAAAAGUUGCAUAUAAGCAACCGAGACAAAUACCAUGAAAGCUCGACAAUAUGCCUGGUCAACUUCAAACUGUUCUUCGCUCAACGAAGCUUCCCAUCCUGCUACGAGUUCCAAACGUAGAGGAUGCCCCUGCGCUCUUGGAGCUCCUCUCCGACCCACAAAACACGGAAUUUGACCCGCAUGCUGGAAAUGGAUCCUUUAAACUUCCUCAAAUCGAAGGCAUGGUUGUUAGAAUGCGCGAAUCAGCUGAUUCAGACGUACCUGGCCGAGUGAAUCUUGUCUUAGUGGACACUUCGUUAGGCGACAAGGUCAUUGGCCUGGGUGGGUUCGGCCAUAUCGCAACGGAAGGGGCCAAAAGGAUUGGGGAUGUCGGUAUCAUGAUUACACCGGAAGCUCGCCACAAGGGCUAUGCUGCAGAAGCCAUGAAGAUGUCGAUCGGUUAUGCCUUUAAGGUCUUGAAGCUAGACCAAGUCACUGCUACCAUGCUGGCCAAGAAUAUUCCAAUGCGCAGCUUGAUGGAUAAACAGCUCAAAUUGACAGGCACCAUCAGAGAUGGCGAAUUUGGCGAAGAGGUUUUCUACUCCGUUCUUCCGGAGGAAUGGAUAUAGUUGUGUUCCCAUACCCAGGAAAGCGUACAUUAACUUGGUGGCCUUGCAUCGAAUACCCGCCAUAUAUUGUAACAUAGUUAUGUAUAGAUAGAUGGCUGUACAGUAGUUUACGGGGAAGACGUAAUACACUCAUUCAUCCAUAAUGAAAUGAAAUACAACCAAAAGGACGACUGGCAUGAAUAGGUGUAUCAUAUUGCUUGGUAUAAAUUUUGCGUAUAUGGCCCGAUCAAACUCGGUAGCUGCCUUAGCAUUCACCACUAUAUCA